CAGUCGUUGCCAAACAAACAAAAUGGCUGAAGAGCAGGAGGUGUCUAGUGCUGCGUCCUCACUUUCUCCGAAAACCACCGUCAAGGACUUACAAUUUAUUAUAACUGAGCCUGCUGGUGGUUUCUAUAUGAUGCCUAAUGAUGCUUACAACGAAGUUUUCAACGGAAUCUUCAUUGGCGAAGCGUAAGUGCAGUUUAAUUUUUCCAGCUGUUUUAUAUAGUGAGCUAUGAACAUUGUUAGUUGUUUUCAGCUGUUCUUCGAAGAGUUGAUUCUCUGAGCCAUUUUAAGUGAGAUCAAAGAUCGAUCAUGGUUUAGAUAGCUUUGUUCGUCAAAGCUUGGGAUUUAGAUAUUUUGGGUACUUUUCCUCUGAGCUCUUCUGCGAAUUCUUUCACAUGUUGUUUUGACAGCGAGCGCUCCAUGUGAAUCCUAAACGAGUACAGCAUCACGUUGCUCAUCAGGUUAAUUUUUCUCAGGCGAAGAGGUGGUUUCUCAUUCCUUUUUGUAUUUCACGAAGGGAUUGAAAUUGUCCUCGGAGAUCAUAGCAAUUUAAUUCAGAUUUUAAGAUAAAAUAUUCUAAUCGCUCUAUCCCGAGUUCCUGCCCUUUAUAUUUGGUGCCAUGCAGCAAAAGAAGUCGAUUGCCUGGCAUUGACGUUUUUAAAUUAAAAAGUCUUCUUUCGCUCUUAAAAAAAAUAAGAACAAAUGUGCAGCGCCGCAGAUGUACCGAACGUGGCAUCCACGUCCGGUAGUGUGGGACAUUUUGUCACACAAGUAACGCCUUCUGCCCGUAACGCACAGAAAUUUGGAUAACGAUUUUAAAAUGGACUUUUUUCACGGAAAGUUAUCGCACUUGUUGACUUCAAAAAAGAGAUUUAAUCUUUCAGAGUACUUGCAUUUCCCUCACAAACUUAAUCGUCGCUUCUCAGGUAAUCCUCAAAAACAAAUUUUGGGGGAUUAUUGAGUGGGCGUGUAACAUCUGCGUUAAAGCUAUCUUUGAGCGAGUAGACGCAAAACAUGCUUAAUUUCCAUAUUGUGUUUCCGCACUUUAUUUUCCUUUGUUAUGUUUGUCGUUGUCGUUUUUGUUUUCACUGAAAAUUUGUUAGACGAGGUUGCAAGGCACAAUAAUUCUCUCACCUGCAUACUCAUGAGAGGGAAUUAUUGUGCCUUGCCAAGUGGGCCAUUUCGGUCACUCAUAAAAUUUCCGAGUUGAAGGUGGUCAUCCCAGAAAAUUUAACCAUUUUUAGCUUUAGAAGUAUUCAUUGCAACGUCACGUCCUCUGACACCGACUGUCGCUACAGUCUUGAUGGAUGUCUUUUUUUUCCAUGGUAACGUUGUUUCAGGCCCCAACUUAGGCGAAAAGUGCUGGUUUUCUGUUCAGUAUUAGAUCUCAGAUGACGUCAAAAUGUGGUAAGAACAAAAAAGUGGCACACGAGGCGCAGCCAUCAGUGACACACACGGCUGCGCCUCGUUUGUCACUUUUUUGUUCUUACCGUAGUUUUGACGUCAUCUGUAAUCUAUUACUGAACAGACGCUCGGCAACUUGGAAUCUAUUUGCUAAAUAUAUAUAUACAGGUCCCACAUACUCUCUUUUGAUUAAAAAUAGAGAUAUAAACAAACUUCACUGGAGGAUUAGGACAGGGGUAACCUGAAAUAAAAACUCUUUUCUCCAGAAGGCUUCUGUGUCUUUGUCGCGAAUACUAAGUUUUAGGACAUUUACACGUAACAUGUCGGUAUGUUUCAUCUUUCGCUAAAUAUCUUUCAUUCUAUUUCUUUUUUCCAUUCAUGAGGCAGAUUUCGUGGUAUCGAAGCCACUCUCAGUGGAGAGUCUGCUUUUUCUUCAAAAAUACUUUUUUGCCAAAAAAAUAUUGCAUUUAAACCAUUCCCAGAAAUCUAGAGGUAACAAAAGAAAGCUAUUCUCCUCUUUUUUUGUGAAAUAUAUCAUCGAUUUUCGAGUGAGAGAAAAAAUUAAAGGCUUCGCACUGGUCGCGAUUCGUGCUGUAACUGAAAAAUUUUGUUGUGUGGUCUUGUGCGCGAAAAGUGUGCGUGCAUAAGUCAGCAAGAAUGCGAAUCACGCGCCUGAGUGAGAUCACAAUUGCGGGAAAAGAGCGUCAUCUGAACCUCGCGCGUGACUUCUCUCUCGCUCGAGCUGGGCUGAAUCCGGUCUUUAUGGUCGGUAAUAUUACGUGUCUCUACCCUGUUUCUUUCCAGAUCAACGGCCAUGAAUGAAGGGGAGCUACAAGACCUUGGCAUUACCCAUAUACUGAAUGCCGCGCAUGGAAACAAGUAUUACCACGUCCAAACAGGCCCUGAUUAUUAUAGGGGAUCUGGCAUCAUCUACCAUGGCAUACCUGCCAUGGAUAUGUUCACUUUCAAACUUGACCGCUAUUUUGACGAAGCUUGCGAUUUCAUCGCCAAAGCGGUCGGAACCAAGAACUCUGAAAAGCUUAACGGGAAGAUUUAUGUCCACUGUAAGGAGGGCGUUAGCCGAUCCGCAAGCCUUGUCUUGGCCUACUUAGUGAGAGAUCAAGAAAUGGAACUUAAGGAGGCGGUGAGAAUCGUGCGGAGCAAGCGAGAAAUUUCACCUAACGACGGCUUUCUUCAACAAUUGAUAGAUUACUCGAGUAAGCUCGGAAGAGCCUAA